GACAGCCGAGCCCGCCGCUGUCGCAACCCGAGCCCGAGCCGCCAAGCGAAGCCGGCAGCGCGACAGCCUGGGCAAAGGCGGGGAGCGAGGGUGGGGCUGUUUUACGGCAGCGCGCUUCAGUUUCCUGCUAGCGCUUCAUUCUUCCACGUGGAGAGCCGAAGAGAGCUGGGGGCUUUGGAGAGAGCGCUGUCUCCGCCGACAUGAAGCGACCCAAGUUGAAGAAAGCUAGUAAGCGCAUGAGUUGCCACAAACGCUACAAAAUCCAGAAAAAGGUUCGAGAGCACAAUAAAAAACUUCGGAAAGAAGCCAAGAAACGUGGGCCUAAAAAGCCCAAGAAAGAUCUAGGAAUUCCUAAUACUGCACCUUUUAAGGAGGAGAUUCUUCGGGAAGCUGAACAAAGGAAGCAAAAGCGUGAAGAACUAAAGCAAAAGCAAAAACUUGAUCGGCAGAAGGAGCUAGAAAAGAAACGCAAGCAAGAAGCUAAUAAAAAGGAUGCAAGUAAAAUAAAGGGUUGUGAAAAGGAAUCAACUAUUAAACGAAAAGGCAAUUCAGAUAAGCAGUUAGGUAAAAAUUCAAAGAAAUUCUUUUGCAAGGAGCUUAAAAAGGUGAUUGAGGCUUGUGAUAUAGUACUCGAGGUCUUAGAUGCUAGAGAUCCUCUAGGCUGUAGGUGCCCACAAGUAGAGCAACUUGUUAACCAGUCGGAUGGAGAGAAAAAAUUAUUGUUGGUUUUAAAUAAAAUAGAUCUGAUACCAAAGGAAAACUUAGAGAAAUGGUUAAAUUAUUUAAAUAAUGAACUUCCGACUGUUGCUUUUAAAUCUGCAAUGCAGCUAAAGGACAGAACAGUGCGGGAGAAAAAGCACACCCAAAAAGGGCGUGCAUUUCUUAAUUUAUCAAGAGCCAGUUUGUGCUUUGGGAGUGAAAGCCUGCUAAAACUCCUUCGGGAGCACACUGUGACCAAGGACAAAGUUAUACAUGUUGGUGUGGUAGGUUUUCCCAAUGUGGGGAAAAGCAGCAUAAUCAAUAGUCUGAAAGAGAUGCGUGCCUGCAACGUGGGACCAGUGAGAGGCCUUACGAAGUGCAUGCAGACAGUUCAUAUUGACAAACAGAUCAGAAUGUUAGAUAGUCCAAGUAUCAUUGUGGCACCUUCCAGCUCUGCUCUUGCUCUAGCACUGAGAGGUACUACAGACAUUGAUUCUGGAAACAUCAUUGAUUCAGUGGAUGCUAUUCUAAAACACUGCAGCAAACAGCAGAUAAUGCUGCAUUACAACAUCCCAGACUACAGAAACUGUCUGGAGUUUUUAACUAUACUUGCUCAGAAGAGAGGAAUGCUGAAAAAGGGAGGUCUUGCUGAUACAGAGGGGGCAGCUCAAUUAUUGCUGAAUGACUGGACAGGUGCCAAAGUGAGCUACUAUUCACGACCCCCUGCAUCAUGGAGCCUGUCAUCACACCUUUCCAGUGCCAAUGUAGCAGCAGUACAACAAGAUUUUGAUUUUAAGGCUCUAGAAGAAGAAAACAAAAGCACUAUAAAAGCUAGCAAAUAUCCUAAUCAGGCAACUAGUAUCAUCUUUCAGUCUUCUGGUUUCACUGAUGGUAUAAUAGAAGAUAGUGAACUGCCAGAGGAAGUACUGGAACAGGAGAGCAUGGAAGUAAGUGAAGAUGAGGAAGAAUUAACUGAAGGAGGAGAUGAGGAGGAUGAAGAGGAAAGUGGUGCGAAGGAUGCUGAGGAGGAAAGCCACACACCAGUGAGCAACAAGACAACCUCCGAAGUCCUGAAAGCAAAGAAUGCAAAUGGAGGAAAUACACUGCCAGGAAGGCAACUCCACAUAGAUAAGACUGGUGGCCUGGAUGAUGCAUAUGACUUCAAUACAGAUUAUAUGUAAAGAGAAUGUCAAAAGACUGAGUGCUUCAUGGAAUUGUUAACUAGGACUAUUUGUAGCCUUUAACCCAGUGGUUUUUGGACUAUACCUCCCAUCAUCCUCAGCCCCAGUAACCAAUAAUCAGGGCUGAUGGGAGUUGUAGUCCAACAUCUGCAAAAGGACUGAAGUUAUGCAGCCCUGCUUUAAACCUACAGACAGUUUUUGUAAAAGUUGCUAAAGAAACACUUGUUUCAUGUGAAUAUUGUAUAUAAACCUAUACUUUUCUUUGGA